CUCAUUUUUCUAUCGAAUUAAAUCUAACGGCGUUAUGUAGAGACUAUUUUAAUUUUCGAAGGAAUAUAAAGACGGUUUAAACCCUCUCUACAUAUACUUAGGGUAAAAGUGGAACAUAAAUGAAAUGGAUAGGUUUUGAAAAUACGAUUAUUAUUCAAAAACUUUUUUUCUCUCUGCUUCGACAUAGAGAAAUCCCUAAAUUUUCUUUCUUCUUCUUCGCAUCUGGGGGAUCUGAAUCGAUAGUGAAGAUCAUGAAGUAAAACGAGUUUGUUUCAGAAAAUGAAAACGUUAUAAUCGAUUCAAUUUUGUUUCAAGUUUCUACUUCAAGUUUUUAGCGAUCCUUGGGCAUAUUGUGUUAUUGAGUUUGUCUCUCCAAUUUAGCAUCGAUUUGUUGAGCGAUCUGCUACUGUAUUUUAUCAUCUUCUUUACAACAUAUUAUCAUUGCUUAUACUGAUGUAUCUGGGAAGAAACUGACAGAAUUUGAUUCUGAAACUGACGGCGAGGAAGGCUUUGAUCUUUUGAUUUUAGUGUUGGGUUAUUAGUUUGAGUUUCUGAUUGAAUAUCAACAAAUUUCAGCCUGGUUAGGUUGUAAAGUCCAGAACUAGUCAAAGUUUACCAUUUCAAUCUCUACUUGAAAAAGGGAGACUACUAACCAACAAGUGAAACAAUGGCUCGAAAGUCUAGGAUUUUAAGUGGACUAAGGAUAGUAACGGGCGAUUCUUCAUCAGAAAAUCAGACUAUUAAUGCACCAUCUCAGCCUCAAAUUCAACCUCGACAAGCUGUUGAGAGUAGCAAUCAGACUACUACUGCAUCAUCUCAGCCUCAAAUUCAACCUCGACAAGCUGGUGAGAGUCGCAAUAAGACUACUAGUGCAUCAUCUCUGCCUCAAAUGCCACUUGAUCAAGCUGCAAUAUCGUCUACGCCUCAAGCUAAUCAAGAUGCCCCACCAAUAAUUGAGCAUGAAUCCACUGAAAUUAUUGAUAAUGUUGGAAGACGAUAUAGAAAGAGAGGAAGGACUACAAUGGCAUCUGUGUGGAAUUUAUCUGGUGGUGAAAAGAUAUUUGUGCAGGUUAAUAAAUUUGGAGUGCCUUGUACACAAGAAGCAGCCAUACUUGGAUCUUUUCUUGGAACUAUUGCAACAAAUGGGACUCUCGCACCUGUGAAUUUUUCAAGAUGGGAUGAUAAGCUUAUGAAACCAUUUUAUCGCAAAAUGUUAGUUAUUGUUGAGGAAAAGUUUGAAUUUCCACCUGAGACCCGUAAAUGGGUACUUCAGUCCAUCAACAAGAAGUGGAGGGAUCACAAGUCUGAUCUAAAGUCUAGAAACUUUCUGUCCGAUAAAACUAUGGAGCAGAUUGAAUCAUCUAUUCCAGAAGAAAUUGUGCCUAGUCAAUGGCCUACACUAGUCCAAUCAUGGUUUACUGAGACUAGUCAGAGAGUGAGUGCAAAAAACACUAUGAAUGCGCUUCAAAAUAAACAUAGUCAUACUUCAGGCAGAAUGAGUUAUGCAAGACGUAGAAAAGCAAUGGAAAAAGAAGGGAAAUCUCCUGAUAGACUCAUUUUUUUGAUGUCACUCAUAAGAAGAAAGAUGGAACUUAUGUGGAUGACAGCAUUAAAAAUCUAAUGGAUAAAGCAUCUGCUCUUCAAGCUGAACGUAGUCAAAAUUCUAAUAAUAGCACAGCGGAAGUUAACGAGCAAAUAUUUAGAGAAGUAAUG